ACACAACAAAUAAUGAAAUUAAUCAUGGCCUCUUCUUAUUGUUUACAUGCCAUUCUUUUGUGUUCUCUUCUUUUCAUUACUUCAACUAUAGCUCAAAAUCAAACUUCUUUCCGUCCCAAAGGUCUAAUUAUCCCAGUCACAAAAGAUGCUUCAACUCUCCAAUACCUUACACAAAUCCAACAAAGAACACCUCUUGUCCCUAUAAGUUUAACUCUUGAUCUUGGUGGCCAAUUUUUAUGGGUUGAUUGUGACCAAGGUUAUGUUUCUUCCUCUUAUAAACCGGCCCGAUGUCGCUCCGCCCAGUGCUCAUUGGGCGGAGCGUCUGGUUGUGGAGAAUGCUUUUCUCCACCUAGACCGGGUUGUAAUAAUAACACGUGUGGUCUACUUCCUGACAACACGGUUACACGAACCGCUACUAGUGGAGAGUUAGCUUCUGAUAUUGUGUUAGUACAAUCAUCUAAUGGAAAAAAUCCUGGUAGGAGCGUAAGUGAUAAAAAUUUCCUUUUUGUUUGUGGUGCUACAUUUCUUUUACAAGGUCUUGCUAGUGGUGUUAAGGGUAUGGCUGGUCUUGGAAGAACAAGAAUAUCUCUUCCUUCUCAAUUCUCAGCUGAAUUUAGUUUCCCUAGAAAAUUUGCUCUUUGUUUGACUUCUAGUAACUCUAAAGGUGUUGUACUUUUUGGAGAUGGUCCUUAUUUUUUCUUACCUAAUAGAGAAUUCUCAAAUAAUGACUUCCAAUACACUCCACUUUUUAUAAAUCCAGUAAGUACAGCCUCAGCCUUUUCAUCAGGUCAGCCAUCUUCUGAAUACUUUAUUGGUGUAAAAUCCAUCAAGAUUAACCAAAAAGUUGUACCAAUAAACACAACUUUGUUGUCAAUUGACAAUCAAGGUGUUGGUGGAACAAAAAUUAGCACAGUCAAUCCUUACACAAUCUUGGAGACUUCACUAUACAAUGCUAUUACAAAUUUCUUUGUGAAGGAACUUGCUAAUGUGACUAGGGUCGCAGCCGUGGCACCAUUUAGGGUUUGUUUUGAUUCAAGAAAUAUUGGAAGUACAAGAGUUGGACCAGCAGUGCCAUCAAUUGAUCUUGUUUUACAAAAUGAGAAUGUUGUUUGGACUAUUUUUGGAGCAAAUUCAAUGGUACAAGUUAGUGAAAAUGUAUUGUGCCUGGGAGUUUUGGAUGGUGGUGUUAAUUCAAGGACUUCAAUUGUGAUUGGAGGACAUACAAUUGAAGACAAUCUUUUGCAAUUUGAUCAUGCAGCAUCAAGAUUGGGAUUCACAUCUUCAAUCCUUUUUAGACAAACUACAUGUGCUAAUUUUAAUUUCACUUCAAUUGCUUAGGUAGUGUGGACCUAAGUUGUUUUAAUUAAUGUAUUGAAUUUUAAUAAUGUUCAAAGUUUGUCUUUGGACACUUUGUAAUAAUUGGAUCAAUAAGAUUUCUUGUGAUUUGUGCGUUGAAAACU